ACCGUCUGGGCAGCGGCAGUUACCGGUGGUUUCCUGCUCAGCCUUACCUUUAUAUCCUCUUCCUUCGCUAAUGGAACAGCUUUUCUCACAGUUGUGCUGGGUGUCCUUGGUGGCACUGGGCAAGGAAUCAUCUUCAACUGCAGCGUCGUCGGUCUUGCCGGACUACUUUUCAUCGCGGCGAGGUCUCGCCCUAGGUGUCGUGAUGACAGGAGCUCCAGCGGCGUCUUUCAUAUUCCCCGCAAUAUUCGACUAUGUCCUCGAAGAGUACGGACUACGCGGCACACUACUUCUCACAGGAGCAUGCAUGCUUAAUAUUCCCGCGUUCGGAGUCCUGCUUCGUGAUCGUCUGAAAACUUCUGUGGAAGAGACGUGCCGGCAGUGGGACGCCAGCAGCAUACACAGAAAAAUCAAAGCUGCCGUCGAGCUCCAGAAUACAUCGCACACAAAAACAAAGUUCGGUGAACUGCCAUAUCCCAAAGCUUGAACAGCGGCUCGAAAGGCUACGUACGCGAUCAUUCAGGCCUCGUCGCCAUUCUCAGCAGUAGCCAAUCCUUCAGUGCAUUCCGACAGGAGACCAACGGAAACUAGCAGCAUAUUGACAAGCAGUCCCAACAACAAUUUUCU